AUGGCGGCGCAAGCGGCAUUAAUCGCCGAUACAAUUACGGGCAUGAAGCGGGCUUUGCGCAGAGAACGCGAAGACAACGGCCCAGACGACCCGAUCAUGGCGCCCACGAACCGGGGUAACAAAAUGCACGCCAAUGCCAAGUUCGUGAGUGAAGGUGCUCUGGGAUACAUCAAUGGCGAAAAUUUCUACAAGCAGAAAGUUGAGCAUGCUGGCUACACACGGCACAUUCUGCAGCCGAACCCGACUCGUUAUGAUUCCGAGGGCGACGAGCUUGACGAGGAGGAUGAAGAUUCUGAGGCUGAUGUCGCGGCUGCGGAAGAUAACCCAUUCGCUGGGAUCGCGCUCGAGACCCUUUUGUGUCCCCUGAAACACCCGUCCGAACUCCCCUCGCAUCCGUCCAUGUCCCAGCCGUACACUUCGCAAGCGCUGGAACAUAUGACUGAAGCGGUUGAUUUUAAGCUGCGCCAGGAGCGUGCUUUGCUUUGGCGCGCGAGGAAUCUGCACAGGCAAUUCCUUGGGGAUGGUGGAUGGAUGCCGUGCAAUGUGAUGGAAACACCCGAUGACCGCUGGAUCUUCGAGCCCAGGAUUAUCGGCAACGGUGCAAGUGUCUCGACCGGCCAAAAUGGACCUAGUCGACCUAUGACCCCAUCUGCUGCGGAUACCAGUGCCCCACAAGAUGUUGCCCAAGACGAGUCUUCAACAAACAACGCCCCGGAUGGUAGUCAACCACCGCAGCCAACGAAUGACUUCGAAAUGGCCGAGGCCCCCGAGGCAGAAUCUGACAAGCCGGACCCGCAGCUCAAGUCAGAAGAGACCGAUGCGAUGGUCAAGGAUUUACCAGCUCACAAUGAUCGACAAGAAACUGAUCAAGCGGAGGCCGAUAAUGAGAAACAAGACAUGGGGACUCCAAAAGAUGACGAGCAUGAGGUUGAUGAAGGAGACCAAGAAAUGAAUGACGAUUCAUCCCCAGAGCCGCUUCGACGAAUGACAACACGCGCUCAGGCCAACGCUGAUAAUGAUGGAUCCCCCGCCUCUUUCGCCGACUCGACUUCAACCUUGCCCACCCCACACCCUCUCUUCCUGAUCCCUGAUAAUGUUCGCCCAGAUGCGAACUUUGGCCUACCUCCCGCCGAAGCGGAGGAGACUCGACGACUUCUUUGGUCAUACAUUCAGAAGCAAGAAGAGACGGUGCGCGGCUUUGAGCAUAUGUUCGAUUCACUCAUCAAGGCAGCUCGGAUGAAAUCCGAUGUGCUGGAAUGGUGCAAAGCAGAAGGCCAUGUUGGUGAGAUGAGUGAUGGCGAGGACUGGUACGAUCGGGAGAAGUGGGGCCUCGCCGAAGGGGAAGACCUGAAGAAGGGAACCGAUGAGGAUGAAGUCGAGACUGUUGACGAAAGUCGAACGCAGGCCAAGAGGGGGAGAGGCAGGCGGCAAUAG